AAGAAAGAAAGAAAGAGAGAGAGUUUAUUUCGAUUUGAUUUGAUUGUUUUGACUAUAACAAUAAAGAAUCGUUUAAAUGUAAACAUAUAAUUAACUUUAAUCUGAAUCAGAUCUUAAUCUUAAUCUUAAUCUUGUGUUUAAAGCGAAGGUGCCAAUCAACAAGUAACAGGGAAAAAAAGACAAACACAAACCAAUGACUUUAUCUUUUCGGUGGAAACAUUGAAAUCGAUAUAUACUAAACUGUAUUCUAGUUUUAAUGGUCAUUCAUUGGUCAGUGGUAAUUAAAAUAAUGUAAAUUAUUUACUUAUUGUUGUUCACAGUUGGAAGUAUAAGUUGAUUGUCCAGUGUAAAUGAUAAAGUGGUAAAAAUAUUUCAACAGGUGAAAUAUGACUUGACCAUUAAAGAUAAACGAGUAAUGACCAAACAUUGUGGUCAACAUGUUGAUUAUUAUUCAUUUUUAAUAAUAAUAAAACCACGAUAAUUAGUAUGAAAAAGAAAGAGAAAAGGAGAUAACAAUCUAAAAGGAAGCAAUUUAAUUGUUUGAAUGAAAGAUCAUUUCAAAUAUUACAACUCAAAUACUCAUAAUGAUCAACAUACACAAGAGAUACACAUAGACACACACACAUAGAGAGAGAGAGAGAGACUUGAAAAUAAGACACACCCUGAGGAGAGAUGAUGAUUCAAAUCCCUCCUCAGAUUUACCGCCGGUUAACCAGUGGCAGUUACACUCCACCUCUUUAAAUGUUAAUCAACUGAUUAUCAUAAUAAAAGUACAACAAUCUAACCAUUUCUAGUUAGAUGGCGUUCGAGUUGAAACUUAUAGUUACACUUGGAGUCGAGUCCAAGUAAAUGUUAUUUUCUAGUUAACUAUAAGUCUGAAUGGUUGCAACAAUUACCUAAAGUGAUAUUGACAUUAAAUUGUGAUUCAAUUGAAAAAUAAGUAAAUUGUUACACUUGGGAAAACAUUGAAUCGAUCAGAACUGAGAACGAAAAAUGAAAACUUCAAGUUCAACAUCGAUAACCAAAUCAUUGGUAUCGAUAAAAACACCGAUAAUUAAAACAACACCUUCAACGACAGUUACUAAUACCUCCCAAUUAUUACCUACAACCAAUUCAUCACAAUCAGUUAAAUCAAAUAAAUUAUCAUUUUCUAUUGAUAGUUUGAUUAAAAAUGAUGUAAUUGUUAAUGAUAAUGAUGAUGAUCAUGUUGAUAGUGAUUUAGAUGAUAUUGAUGAUGAAAAGGAUAGUUUUAUCUCACCUUGUGAGACUGUCCUCUCAUCUUCAUCUCCAACCUCAUCACCAUCACCUCCACCUCAACCACCAACUCAUCCUCAUCAUCUAAGUCUUCAUCCCUUUCAUCAGCAUUUUCAUCCUCAUCUUCACCAUCACCAUCAAAUUGAUUCUUCAUCAUCAUCUCCUUAUGCUAAUAUUGGACUUUUCUCACCAAGAGGUUACCCUUGGCUUAAUGGUGGCGGUUUUUUGAAUGUUAUGAGUGCCAAUGGUGUUAAUGGUUCCAAUGGUGGAGGCAAUAGUGAAGGUGUCAGUGGAAAUGGAUUACCAAGAUUACCAGCGAUUAAAUGUCAAUUAAGGAAACACAAGAGUAACCGGAAGCCUCGAACUCCGUUUACCAAUAAUCAACUUUUAGCAUUGGAACGAAAGUUUCACACCAAACAAUAUCUUUCGAUAGCUGAACGAGCCGACUUUUCAUCUUCACUUAACUUAACGGAAACUCAGGUCAAAAUUUGGUUCCAAAAUCGUCGGGCUAAAGAUAAACGACUCAAGGAAGCGGAAGUGGAAAAAUUAAGAAUAUCAACUCGGUGCUUACCUGGUGCUUUUGGUCUGCAAUUUUAUCAUCCUCGACCUCCACCUCCUCCAGCUCAUGUUUCAUUCUCACUUUUUCCCAAUCAACACUCACUCAACUCACUAAUUUGUAAAUAAUUAACAUUGUCAUCAAAUCAUUUUCAUCUUAAACAUUAUGUUUUAAUUGUAAUUAACAUCCCAAUUUGAUUCACCCAAUUUAAUCAACUGAUUUCAUUUUUUGCCUGUUAAUUUGAUUAAAGGUUAAACUUUUACCCUUCA